UCGACAAUGAGGUCUCGGAGGUACGUAAUGGUGACUUCUAAUGCAAAGCAGUGCAGUUUAGCCACCUAAAAAUAGCAAUUAAAAAAGAGAACUAAUGUAAAUCAAAAGCUAUUUCCAGCCUGCUGCAGCGUGGGCACUGCGUUUCCCUAUAACAACCCCCAGCCAGCAAACAUAAGCAUCCUCCAAAGCGGACGAGCAGCAUCCCUGCCGAGGACUACAGCUCCCAGGAGCCUGCAGCCCAGGCAGCGCCUGUGCGGGGACCAGGCACCGGGCAGCCGGGCAGGGGGACCGGCAGGGAGGCAGUGAUGGCUGGGCAUCCCCCCAGCCAUGCCCGAGAGGUUUUAGGGUUGCUGUUUCCUACCCCCAAACCCUUUCUUUCCCUAAGCCAGCUCCUCUUUUUCUGUCUCUCCUCCCCCGGUAGUUUUUACAUCACUGACACAGACUUCCUGUGAGUCAGCACCAGCAGACACGAACGGAGUAGCUGGAAGACGAAGAAGAGCUCAAAGUGGGUAGAAAUAAGAAAAUUUGGUCCAUGACACUUGGGUACUUUCCCGACCCGCGUGCUGCUGAGGGAGAUGGGAGACAGGUUCAGCCCUCAUGAAGAAAAACACAGGCUUUCUAAAGAAGAGUAACUCAAACCAGCGCUGGCACUUUCCCAUGGUCGCUACCUCCCAGCAGCCCUGGCAGGCAGGGAAAACUGGUGGCAAUGGCCAGGAGGACUCCCAGCGAUGCCUCCCCUAGUGAACACCACCCGGGCCCCCACCUCUGAAGAACCAGGUGAUGGAACAGCCAGCCAUGAUGACGCUGGAGCUCUUGGAGGCAGAGAAUUUUCUCAGCCACACUCGGGAGAAGUCGUACACUUGCAUGAUUUGUGGGGACAGUUUUAAGCACAAGGGCAUCCUGGCAGCCCACCAGAAAUCCCAUAAGGAGGAGAUACAGGCUGAAGGCUGUGAGGAAGGCGAUGUUGACCAGGCUGGAGAGCUGCAUGACCAAGAAGCCAUCAGAACUGGAGAGGAGGCCAAUGGGAGAGACCAUAGCAAGCACAGCACACAGAGCGAUCCUGAGAGAAGGGAGAAGCCCCAUGCCUGCACUGAGUGCAGGAAGAGCUUCAAGAUGAAGGUAGACCUCACCAAGCACCUCCGGACUCACACGGGCGAGAGACCAUUCCCCUGCACCGACUGUGGCAAGAGGUUCAUCACCAAAUCACAACUCAAGGAGCACCACAGGAUCCACACGGGCGAGCGGCCGUACGAGUGCCUGGACUGUGGGAAGAACUUCACCCAGAAGUCACAGCUCAUCGUGCACCAACGGAUCCACACAGGUGAGAAGCCCUACCAGUGCAGCAGCUGCCAGAAGAGCUUCGUGGACAAGUCACAGCUGGUGGCACACCACCGGAUCCACACGGGUGACCGUCCCUUCAAGUGCGGUGUAUGCGGCCGUGGCUUCCGCCAGAAGAUCACCCUCGUCAAGCACCAGCGGGUCCACAGCACCAAGGGCGCCCAGUGGGACGCUGCCAGGGCCAUCGUGGCCGAAUCCACUCCGACAGGGAAGAAGAUCUUCCACUGCAGCACCUGUGGGAAGGAGUUCAAGAAGAAGUCAGUGCUGGUGACCCACCAGAGGAUUCACACUGGGGAGGAGCCUCACCGCUGCGGGGUUUGCGGCAAGGGCUUCGCCAAGCGGGGGGAGCUGACCAAGCAUGAGCGGACCCACACCGGGGAGAAGCCCUACGGGUGUGGGCAGUGCGGCAAGCGCUUCGCCCAGCGUACCCAGCUGGUCACCCACCAGCGCGUCCACACCGGCGAGCGGCCCUACCCCUGCGGUGACUGUGGCAAGCGCUUCGGCGACAAGUCCCGCCUCACCGUCCACCGGCGCGUCCACACCGGUGACCGGCCCUUCCCCUGCCCUACCUGCGGCAAGGGCUUCCGCCAGAAGAUUGCCUUGGUCAAGCACCGCCGUGUCCAUGAGCGUGGCAGGGACAAGGGAGGCGGCGAAGGCACCGGCGCCAACACCGACGCCAAUGCUGACACCGAGGCCAACGGCAAUGGCGAGGCUAAUGGCAAUAGCAAUGCCAACGCCAAUGCCAACGCCAACACCGAUGCCAAUGCCAAGGUGGCUGGCAAAGAUGAGGAGAGCCCGGCUGUCCCCUGUCGGCUGCUCCCCAUCGGCGAGCGGCCCUUCUCCUGCAGCGAGUGUGGGAAAGCCUUUGCCCAGAAGGCUCAGCUGGCAGUCCACCACCGCAUCCACACUGGGGAGCGUCCCUUCCCCUGCGCCGACUGCCCCAAAGCCUUCAUCGACAAGUCCCGCCUCGUCGUCCACCGCCGCACCCACACCGGUGAGCGCCCCUUCCCCUGUGCUGCCUGCGGCCGAGCCUUCACCAGAAGGUUGCCCCUCACCACCCACCAGCGGGUCCACACGCGGGAGCACCAGCCACCGCCGGCCCCAGUUCCCCUCGGACCGCAGGGUGAGGAGUGGCCCUUCACCUGUGCCAUCUGCUGGAGAGGUUUCCACAAGGAGAUUGCCCUCAUCGCCCACCGGCGGGUCCACACCAAGUAUGAGCCCAACCGCUGCAGCAAGUGUGGGCAGGUCUUCCCCAACAGGGCCCAGCUCCAUCUCCACCAGCCCUCCCAUGCCAAGGACCGGCCAUUCAAGUGUGCCACGUGCGGGAAGGACUUCAAGAGGAGGGAGAUCUUGAUUACCCACCAGCGGGUCCACACGGGAGAGGCACCCUUUCAGUGCCGCCAGUGCAGCAAAAGCUUCUCACAGAAGGCCAACCUCAUGAAGCACCAGCUCACUCACACCCGCCAGGGCCCCUUCAUCUGCUCCGACUGUGGGCAAAGCUACACGACCAUUGGACAUUUCAAGAGGCAUCAGAAGAACCACCUCAAGAAGCAAAGCCCUCCUGGUGAGGGAGAGGAACUCCCUGAGGACCUGGCAACUGGCCGUGUGCCAGUGGGUGGCCACAGCAGCCCCAUCAUCGUGGUGAAGACAGAGGCUGAUGCUGAUGACUAUGAGGUCGUACAGGUCCCAUGAUGGUAAGGAUCAAGGACUCAGGGAAGGAAGGGCUGAUGCCUGCUCACUUGGGUAUGGGGUUGCUGCGUCCACCACCAAGAUCCAUGGUCCUGUGGGAACUGUUCCCCUGGAAACAUAUCACAGUAUUUGGUGUGAGCCAGGAGUGGAAAACCUGGGAGGAUCUGGACUUCAGCACACGGCAAUCCCUGAAUCAAACCUCAGUCAAAACUGGCUGACACAAUGUGAAAUUUGGGGGUGAGGGAGGGAUAUAAAAACAUACUUUGGCUACUUUUCUAUAUCUUAUAUGAAAGUCCUCAUUUCAAGAGGUUUGGUGGGGGGUUUUUUGCUAACAGGAGGGCUGAGAAGCUCAUUUUUUUAAAGCAAGUAAAUGAAAUCUGUGAUUUCAGAUAUAUUCACAUGACUCCAAGAGCUGGAGCUUUAAAAAAAAAAAAAAAAAAAAGACCAAAAAUCUCACCAAACAUUAUGAGGCUUGCCAUCACCAACUUCCCGGCAGGAGUUGGAGCAGACCAUCAUUGGUCCCUAGCCUUCCAGCAGCUGACACCAGCUCCAGCCAUCCUGCAGACACAUGGAGCAGUGCAGGGUCUGCUACUGUGGAAAAAUUGCAGCCAGAAAUAAGGGAGGAUGUCAUGGCCAAAGGACUCGGGGAUGGGGACCCCGCUGACACCUGGGGAAGGGCCACCGAGGUCAAUAACGCUCCCUGUGGAGGGCAAACAGCCACCCACAUGGCUUAGUUUGCAGAGCUGGAUUAAGAGCUCUGGCUGGGAACUAAUGCAGGGUUUAUAUGAAGACACCAUUUUUCCUAGUUUAAAAUAACCUUAUGUAUGGGUUGAUUGUGCAGGAUAAUCCCUGGGCAUAUUUAUUAUGGAGUUAGGGGCAUUCAUUGCACAGCCACAGUUUCAGAGCAGCAUUUGGGAAGUUGCCAGACCUGUUUCUUGCACCACAAGCUCAGUUGCAAUGCCAAGAUGUGGCUCCUAAACCUGAAGACCGCUGGUCUGUGCCACCUACAGCCUCACUGAGGUAGGGAGAAACCCUCAACAACUGUCCUCUGUGUCACGCAUUUGCAGUAGUGACCACAGCAUGGCACCGGGAAAAGGUGUGUUUAAUUGCUCUGCCAAGAAAAGGAGGCUUUAGCUUGCUCCCCGCGCCCCACCAGCCCGGGUGGAGUUGGGGGUUAGCAGAAGCUGUUCCCACCACGGGUGCGGGUGAGCAUCCCCACAUCUGGCAUGAAGACUCUGGCCCUAUGGACUGUGCCAAUCCAUAGGACCCCUCUGACAAAGCUUAGUGACAUGGAGGUCACCUCCAAGGUGCACCUCCGUGGCCACCUGGCCAAGCCAACUUGCUGUUUAGAAUGGUUUUGGGGGAGAAGAAUGAAGGGCUUUGCUGGGCAAUCACUUGAAAUGCCACUUCAGACUUGCCGCGGGGGUUCAGUUGCUUUUGCAUCCUGGACAUCAGUGCCAGAGCUCGCUUCAGCAACAGUAAGAAGGGGGUUCACCACCCCCUCCCCAAAUCUGGGUGCUCCCCAUGCCCAGAGCAGCACCCUCCACCCUCCCGAUCCCUCCUUAGCUGCCAGGUUUUGCCUCUGAGGUUGCACGAAGGCAGAGGGGCACAACACCAUGUCCAUACAAUGCUAACUUUCAGUACCUGCACGUCCCUUCGGAGCUCCAGCAGCACCCCCCCCCCCCCAUUUAAAAUCAGCCGGUGUGAAAUGAUCCCCUUCCCUCCGUGCUUUUAGCAGCGCUCACCAUUGCUGGAUUUGGCGUGCGCCCUGCGCUCCAUGCCCCAGUGCAGCCCCUGCUGCUCUACGUCCUGUCCAUUAAAUGAAUAUCCUGCCAUUAACUACGGCAAAGAGUUCCGAUGCCACGAAGCAAUGGCAGGAGCCGAAGGAAUGAUCCAUACACCACUAUUAGCUUGCAAAAAUUGGGCCAGCUUGUCUUCAAACCCCAUGUGGUCACCAGAUGAGCCAAAUGGAUAGUUAUACAAAAUUAAGGACUGUUUUCAUUUUAUUCCUUUUUUCCCCCAGUAAAUAAUCUGUUUGAUUUCGAAGAUUUCCCUCAGCAUUUCUGUUGUUUUCAUUGGCUUUUUUUUCCCUGCAUUUAUUUUGCUGGCGGCAAAUUCAUCAGCCCUAAAUAGGUAGACUGAUAACAGACCGUGAUAAUAGUACACUAAACUAUUACAUGAAAAGCAGUGAAUUAAAUCAUUCACUGGAAAACAGGCCAUGGUGGAAGACUGCUGCUUCCUGAAAGCUUUCUAUCCUUUUAAGCUUGCUUUUUUGUGCAAGAUGUUCUUGCUCCAGUAAUCUUUGCACAGCUCUGCCCUAUUUCUGCAAGCUAAAGAGACAGCGAGCUGGUGUGUAGGCUCAGCCCUUGCUGACCAGUUGCCCCCGCCUUGUCCCUUGUUUGGGGAUUUUCUCUCAGGAAUUAAAUGACAGCAAGGAAUAAAUUAUCCAGCUCCCCUUUUCUAACUGAUCCUGAUUGCUUUAACUCACAUUAUGUCUUGCUAAUAAUCCCGUUGCACAUAAACAAACUCGAGCUGGGGAUGAUGGGAAAGCAUCUACGUACAUCACUUGGCAAAACUUCUGCCCUGAUUAGGUGACCGCUUUUCCAAUCAGGGGGAUUAUGAGUGAUGAGUAACAGACCAUGUUACUGGAGAUGGACACAAGAAGAAAAGGCUUUGCCUAAGCAUCUUUCAAAUAAGACCCAGGAGGACAAAUAGUAGAGCAUGAGCAUCACCCGGUUGCAUCCUCCUUUGGGGAACAGGAGCAGCUCUGUGUUUAUGAGCUGUGGUUGGGCAGCUUUCCAUUGGCUUCCUAGAAAAGUUUGACCACUGUGGGGUGAAUGAAGAUGAAUUCUUAAUCUAACAAAGUCUCUCACCUGCAAAUAUUCCCAAUGUCAAGUAAGAAAAUAAAACAAAUUGGGAGUAUAUUUAAUUUUCCCUAUCUCGGUUGUUGCGGGUCCACCAUGCUCUGCGGCUGAAUUCAUGUCUCUACAGCACAGAUGUAAACAUCUGAGCUGGUCAUCCCCUAUUUAAAAUCAAAGGAGAGAAAGAGGGAGAUGGAGAAAGUGAUUUUUUCUGCCCUAUUUAGGUGUCCACUCUGGGAUGAAACUCCAGGACUUCAUUGACUCUACUUACAUCGCUACAGGCUGCAAAGGGAAGCCAGGCUCGGAAGGAGAUAUCCCCGUCAGUUCAUGGUGGUUUUAGCCCACAGCAGCCAAUUUAUUUGGGAAAAGAGCAGGGGCUGUAGGGACACAGGCUGCAAUGGUCAGCAGUUAUUAGACAUGAUUGGCGCAUGGAGUCAGCACUGCAGGUACCUCUGAUGCAAAAACAUCCCAGCCCUUAAUAAUUUGUACACUGUGCUGCACCGUGCUGAUGAAGCUCUGCCUGCAAACGGUCCCGGCUGCGUGUGGCUUCCCGAGGGAGCGAGGGGUGUGGAAAGGUCGGUAUAAUCCACACAGAGGGACGCGAUCAUUUCCCAGGUAUAUUUUUUAUGACUUUGUUUUUAUUUAUGGGUAGGCCAUGCAGGAGAUGGAGGAACUAGUAGGAGUUGUGGACACCCACUGAAAUAUUAACAUACGAUCCAAUGUUAUUUGCUGUUCUUCCCUACGUUUCUUUUACAAAGUAAAAUAAAUUACAUUUUGUAA